AUGAUUUUAAUAUUGCUGACGCCAUCGAGGAUUGACAUCAUUGACAAUGAAUUAAAAAAAAUCAUUACUCCCCAGGCGUUGACGGCAAAUUUUUUGCAUCCAUUGUAUAGAGUUUAUGAAUUUUUGAUUGAUGAACUAGAUGAUACAGGAUUGCAGGAGUUAGAGUGUUUUAAAAAUUCUAAAGGUUUAUUUGCAAAGUUAAUUACUAAAACUACCUGUUCAAAAACUUUUUGGAGCAUAGCUUCAGAACAAAAUCCAAAUCUUAGUAUGUUGGCUCAAUCAUUAUUAAAAAUCCCAGCAUGUACGAUAAAAUUUAAUCAGUAUGACUUAGGUAUAGGAAUUAUUAUUAAAAAAUUAGAUUGUUAUAUUGAAUGUUUAAUUAGUAUAUUUACAUUUUAUAAACAUCUUAACACCAAACGGCUUUGUACAUAUUGA